UCGCAUAUUAACGUGGUUCGGCUCAUGUCUGCGUGCGUGUUUCCAUAAAGUAGAAGCCGUGGAAAGCUGCUCCAGCCGGGAGAUUUUACCCAUCCACGAAGCCGACCUUGAGCUGAAACUGAAGGAAGGUCAAAGCUGAAGCGACGGAGGGCUGAAGAGUUAAAAGAGAGAGACAGAGACAGCUUCAAACUAGAAAACUCCCCGGUUUAAAGGCUUUUUUUUUUUUUUUUUUAGAGGAGCUUGAAACGAGUUAAAGAUGAACGUUUUCUAAACGGAGCCAACCAGGAGACCCACGGGAAGGCUGUCCAUCAACGGUAACGACACACCGGCAGACAAAGAGAAGCACUCCCCUCCCAUCGCCGCCAUGGACCCGGGGAAGCAAAUAACAUUCCCGCUGUUGAUGAGCGUUGGGGCUGCUGUGAUUGGCUCCCUGCAGUUUGGAUACAACACAGGCGUCAUCAAUGCACCGCAGAAGAUCAUCGAGAAGUUCAUCAACGAGACGUACGUCGAGCGCUACAACGAGCCCAUCCCCGAAGCCUCCCUCACAGCCAUCUGGUCCAUCGCCGUCUCCAUGUUCUCCGUCGGAGGCAUCUUCAGCUCCUUCUCCGUCGGAUUCUUCGUCAACCGUUUGGGAAGGAGGAACUCGAUGCUGAUAGCCAACGUGUUAGCCUUCAUCUCCGCCGCCCUGAUGGGUUUCUCAAAGAUGGCCAGCUCCUGGGAAAUGCUCAUCAUCGGCCGCUUCAUAGUCGGCCUCUACUCGGGCCUCUGCACCGGUUUCGUGCCCAUGUACGUAGGCGAGAUCUCCCCGACGGCCCUGCGAGGCGCCUUGGGCACGCUGCACCAGCUGGGCAUCGUCGUGGGCAUCCUCAUCGCGCAGGUGUUCGGGUUGGAGAUGAUCAUGGGCAACGACGACUACUGGCCGCUCCUGCUGGGCUUUCUCUUCAUCCCGGCUGUGAUACAGACCGUCGUGCUGCCGUUUUGCCCCGAGAGCCCCCGCUUCCUGCUCAUCAACAGGAACGAAGAGAAUAAGGCCAAAACAGUCAUGAAGAAGCUCCGAGGCACGACCGACGUGAGCAACGACAUGCAGGAGAUGAAGGAGGAGAGCCGGCAGAUGAUGAGGGAGAAAAAAGUGACCAUCUUGGAGCUUUUCCGCUCUCCGCUCUAUCGCCAGCCCAUCAUUAUCGCCAUCAUCCUGCAGCUCUCCCAGCAGCUCUCCGGCAUCAACGCUGUCUUUUAUUUCUCCACGCGGAUCUUUGAGAACGCCGGAGUGGCGCAGCCGAUCUAUGCCACCAUCGGAGCCGGUGUGGUCAACACCGCCUUCACCGUCGUUUCUGUGUUUGUUGUGGAGCGCGCUGGGCGCAGGUCUUUGCACCUCCUGGGACUGAUGGGCAUGGCUGGAUCUGCCGUCCUGAUGACCAUAGCCUUGGCUCUCCUGGAACAAUUCAAGUGGAUGUCCUAUUUGAGCAUCGUGGCCAUAUUCGCCUUUGUUGCGUUCUUUGAGUUGGGCCCAGGGCCCAUCCCCUGGUUCAUCGUAGCAGAGCUGUUCUCACAGGGACCCAGGCCGUCGGCCAUGGCUGUAGCCGGCUGCUCCAACUGGAUAGCCAACUUUAUAGUGGGGAUGAGCUUCCAGUAUGUAGAGAAACUUUGCGGCCCCUACGUGUUUAUCAUCUUCACUAUUCUGCUGCUCAUUUUCUUCAUCUUCACGUACUUCAAAGUGCCAGAGACCAGGGGCCGGACGUUUGACGACAUUUCUGCCGGCUUCCGCCAGACGGCCUCUGCAGGAGCAAUUAAGCACUCGCCGGAGGAGCUGAACAGCCUGGGAGCGGACUCUCAGCUCUGA